CAUUGAAGCAUCCUUCCAGAUACUAGGGACAUCAAGUUUAUCUGAAAACUUGCCAUUGUUGUCCAAAGAAAAGAUCGUUUAAUGAGAACACUACACCACAGAGUAAUGCAAACUUAGAAUAAUAACAGUCCCAGCGCAAAUGGCUCCUUCAGCGAACGAUAAGACGUUGUGAACCAGGACGACAAAAAAAGGAACGAGAAAACUAGUUCACUGAAAACGACAAAUGAUGUCAGAGGACAGAAACCCUCACCAGAGACUCAUUCAUCGUCAUGACGAGUUAUCCUCAAUGCGACUGGUUUCUGCACCAUUGCAAGGUUCAAAUGUAGAUAGAAAAUACACGGCGAGAAGCCACGAUCAUGAAUUCAAUCAGACAUUUACGAUCGCGUUGACGAUAGCUGGGAUGGGGCUUUCGUUGCUCGUGACAAUUUUCAGUUUGUUUCACGUGGACAUCUUUCUACGCGUCUACAGGCUGCCUCUUCACGCGUACAGCAACGGAAACCUCAUCUUUGCUGUCGUCAACACCUGCAACGAUCUUCUGGGAGCUUAUCUACUAGAUGCUGCCGCUACCAGAAUUAACAGAAGCGAUCUGAUCGGAAUAUCUGGUUGUUUUUUGGCGUUGUUCUUCUUGUAAGUUCCAGCAUUUUCGUCAAGUCGAUGCAUAUAUGCUCACAGCAAAGACAAUUGGUCAAAGCGACGUACUCAUUUUUACAUGCGCUAUUGGUUCCGUAUUUCCAAUGAAAUUCGUUGCGUCAGAACCCCUUUCUUUAGAUGGAAAGAUCCGAAUGAAAACGAAUUUUACGACGAGGCUCAUUUCGUCGUGUCAAUAAGCAUGUAUGACACUUUGUAUUCUUUUACUGCAAUCUUAUUGGGGUCCUUAGUCAUCGACAAUCAUCACUUGACUGAUAAAGAGCGCAUCAACUUCAUGGCAAGCGGAAAGAUACUCAAUCUGUUUGCGGCAUUUUUCGUCGCAAAAAUUGGCCUGGAAAUUUUUGAAGCAGAAAAUAUGAAUCGAUUUCGAAUUUUCCUGGUGACCUUAGCCCUGAUCGUUGCAAUUCUUUUCCUUAUUGCGCAGGUAAUGGUUCACUACCGCAUCAAAAUCUAUUGGAAGUCCAUGAGGAUACGCUUUUUGCACAAUGCCAAACGGGAGAAUCAAACCCCCAAACCCACUGCUAGACUCAACCCAAAGCAAGUUUUCCGCGACUUUUGGCGAUACAACAAUUUUUGGGCUUGGAUUUGGAUGGAGCUUCUUUUGGAAAGUCAAAUAUCCUUCUCCGAUGCAUUUUUGAAAACGUUUGUUGAUCAAUUGUUGUACGACGAAGGCGUUUCCAGAGAGGGCUGUGACUGGUUGCUCUCUGCUGUUCGUCCCCUUGCUCUGAUUUGCACUAUUUUGUGUUACAUUCCGAUCCGUGGAUUGGGAUACAAGAAGCUUUAUCCGCUUCUGUUCGCUAUCAAUAUCGCUCUUUGCUCAUGGAUUUGGUUCGGUGCUUCCCACAAAUCGACGGGUGUUAUUAUUUCAUUUCUCAUUAUUUACCCUGCCAUUACCAAUGCAGUUGCAACCGCCGGAUUUCAUCUUGCCAUGAGUGACAUGGCAUUAGAGAUGAAGAGAAUGCAUCUUGUUGAAGGGCGUCAAGAUGAAGCUUCUCUUGCUGGUUUAUUUAUGGGGGUCAAUGCUCUCUUUUGCAAACCGGCUCAAUCGAUACUGCCUGUCGUGGCGGCAAACAUGUUAGAUAACUUAGGUCUAACGUCGGAUGGAAACGAAGAUGUACAGCGAGUCUUGUUCAAGUUAUUGAUUAUUCCGCCACUGGUCUUUUCCUUUCUGGAAUGGAUAUCUUGGAGACGAUUCACUUUGACACCUGCGAAUACGAGCAAAAUGAGGGACGAGUUGCGAAGGUGGGACUCCUCAAUAAAUUCUUUUUCCGACGCUGAAGUGCCAGAGUAAGGAUGAUUUCAACAUAUGCAGAUUCUUGACGGGUUUCUCGUUUCGUAAUAAAGCUACAUUGAUCGCAUCUAGAUGAAAAUAAUUUAAAAUACAGGGGAUCAUUGCACAAGGCAUGUGCAUGAUGCUCUCUAGAAUGAUAGACCAUGGUCACGAGCAAUUCUUAUAGAUAGAUUUGCCUGAUCUCGCCACACUCUGUGGAGUUUCACCGAUUCCUUCUCGUUUUCUAGGAGUCUCAAGUCUCUGCAGCAUUCAAUGCAGAGGGAUCGCGGACCUCCAUCUGUAGUUUUACAAUCAAGCGAUGUCUGAAAGACCGAUUGAUAUAUCUCGCAUGCAUCGCAUAUAGGCGUGGCAGGUAAGCGGAAGCGGGCAGGAGUCCAGACAUCGUGAAUAAGUGGGUAGACACUUU